AUGACGACAUUCAGGUUUGCUUUGAGUCGACUCAUCUUACACCUGCUAGGUUCCGGUGCUGCCGACUGCGGGGAAUUGCAUGAAGUCGUCGCAGCUGGUGCACUGGAUAGGGCUGCUCGCGCUCUUCUCCUGCGCAUCCAUCUGGCUCCUGCACGGACUGAUGCGCCAGCGGUGGCGCCUGCCCCUCCGCCCCGGCUCAUCCUGGUGACGCCGACGUACGCGCGCGCGUUCCAGGCGGCGUACCUCACGGAGCUCACUCACACGCUGCGCCUCGUGCCGCCGCCGCACACGUGGAUCGUCGUGGAGAGCGGGAAUAAGCCACAAGGCGUUUGGUUGACGGACGAGACGGCCAUGCUGCUAGAGCGGACCGCAGGGUACUGUGCAGCGGUGGAGGCAGGCGGGUGUCGGAAGCUGGAAUACGUUCAUAUAGCCACUGGAAAUGACGAGGACCAACGAUGGUUCCGCGGCGUGGGCCAACGGAACAUUGCUCUGGAGUACAUCGAGAAAGAGAAUCUCGAAGGAAUCGUGUACUUUAUGGACGAUGACAACUCGUAUGCGCUGCAGCUGUUUGAGGAGCUAAGGAAGAUCCGGCGCAUCGGGCUGCUGCCGGUGGGGUUCCUGUUUGGGAAAGACAGCCCCAUGCGCUCAUACGUUGGCCGCCCCAUUGUGCGCGUGGCCGUUGAGGGGGGUGACAGGGAGGGCAAGAGGGAGAGAGGUGCGAGGGAGGGGGGUGAGAGGGAGAGGGGUGCUGCGGUGGAAGGCCGUGGUGGUGACAACGGUGGUGGCGACAACGCUGGUGGCGGCAACGCUGGUGGCGACAACGGUGGUGGCAAGGACAGUCCUAUGCGCUCGUAUGCUGGGCGCCCGAUUGUGCAGGUGCUUGUGGAGGGGGAUGAGACGGAGAGUGACUCUUCUGUGGAGGCCAGCAGCGCCAGCACUGGAAGCAGCGCCAGUGGCGGUGGCAGUGGCGGUGGCGGUGGCGGCGGCAGUGGCGGUGGCAGUGGCGGUGGCAGUGGCGGUGGCAAUGGCGGUGGCGGUGGCUACGCGGGCGGGGAGAUGGAGCAGGUGGCACGGGCGCGGGUCGUGGGGUGGGAGGCGUAUGGCCGGCGCGUCCCCCUGCAGAGAGACCCCGAGGCACGGCGAUACAUCACGGACAUGGCUGGGUUUGCUUUCAGCACGGAGGCUCUCCGCAACGGCACAGUCCAAGGGAAGAAGCAGCCAAUUCGCUUCCGGCCUUCAAAACGCGGGUUCCUGGAGACGGACUUCCUAGAGCAGCCGGUGACACACGAGGAUGAAUUCGAGGUGUUGGCAGAUGGGUGCAGAGCGGUGUGGGUGUGGCACAAGCACAUGGAGGACCUCUCCUGGGCCACGUACCCCACGGAUUGGCAGCCCGAGCAGAGCAACUACCGCAUUCCCACGUAUGACUGGGUGAAGAAUGACACCAGUCACGAGGCUCGGGCUGGGUUGAUCGGGCGGAUUGCUCGCGUGACGAAUGUUACGUUACCGCCGAGUUCCGAGGAGAUGAGCAAGGAGGGGGCCGUGCGGAAGAGAGGGGUGGGGGUGGGUGGGUCGGGGAUGGUGAACGGGCAGAAAGCGGAUUUGAGGCGCAACGUGGGAGUGGUACCAAGAGGGGAUACAGGGGAAAGGAAUAGGCAGCAGCGAGCGCACAUGGCGACAAACGGGCUAGAGAUUGCCGGCGAGCGCAUCACGGGUCAAGACGUACGAACACAAAAUGUCACGGCGUGCAUGGCCAUAGCCAACAUCGUCAAGAGCUCGCUGGGUCCCGUGGGAUUGGAUAAGAUGCUAGUGGACGACAUUGGUGAUAUCACCAUCACCAACGACGGAGCCACCAUCUUGAAGCAGCUGGAGGUGGAGCAUCCUGCUGCCAAGGUGCUGGUGGAUCUGGCAGAGCUGCAGGACAGGGAGGUGGGGGAUGGCACCACGUCAGUCGUCAUCAUUGCUGCUGAGCUUCUCAAGAGGGCAGACGAUCUCGUGCGCAACCGCAUUCACCCAACGUCCAUCAUCAGCGGGUAUCGACUGGCGAUGAGGGAGGCGUGCAAGUACGUGGACGGCAAGCUGGCAGUCAAGGUGGAGAAGCUGGGCAAGUCAACGCUGCUGAACGCGGCCAAGACGAGCAUGGCCUCUAAGAUUGUCGACAUGGACAGCGAGUUCUUUGGCAAGAUGGUUGUGGACGCAGUACAAGCAGUGAAGACCACGAACGAGAAGGGCGAAGUCAGAUACCCCAUUAAGGCAAUCAACAUUCUCAAGGCGCAUGGCAAGAGUGCGAGGGACAGCGCAUUGAUCAACGGCUAUGCGCUCAACACCACACGUGCCGCCCAGGGCAUGCCCCGCCGCGUGGGGCCCGCCCGCAUCGCGUGCCUGGACUUCAAUCUGCAGCGCACUCGCAUGCAGAUGGGCGUGCAGGUGCUGGUGACUGAUCCGAAGGAGCUGGACAAGAUUCGGGAAAGGGAGUCGGACAUUACGAAGGAGCGAAUCCAAAAGAUGCUCAAGGCGGGUGCGAAUGUCAUUCUCACCACCAAGGGCAUUGAUGACAUGUCGCUCAAGUAUUUCGUGGAGGCAGGCGCCAUUGCAGUGCGGCGAGUCAAGAAGGACGACCUGAGGCACAUCGCCAAGGCGUCUGGUGCCACCAUGAUGCUCACAUUCGCGGACAUGGAGGGCGGGGAGACGUUCGAUGCGUCCAUGCUGGGACAGGCAGAGGAGGUGUACGAGGAGCGGGUGGCAGAUGACAACAUUCUCAUCUUCAAGGGCUUUAAGGCCGCCAAAGCAGCCACACUGCUCCUGCGAGGAGCCAACGACUACAUGCUGGACGAGAUGGAUCGCUCCCUUCACGACGCCAUCUGCAUUGUCAAGCGCACACUCGAGUCCAACUCCGUGGUAGCAGGGGGAGGCGCUGUGGAAGCGGCCCUGUCAGUGCACCUGGAGAACCUGGCCACGACCCUUGGAUCCCGGGAACAGCUCGCUAUUGCUGAGUUUGCAGAGGCACUGCUCGUCAUUCCCAAGGUGCUUGCGGUGAAUGCUGCCAAGGACGCCACAGAUCUGGUGGCGAAGCUGAGGGCGUACCACCACAUGUCGCAGACUAAAAGCGACAAGCAGCACUUGGCAGAGUACGGUUUGGACCUGGUGAACGGUGUGUUGAGGAACAACGUGGAGGCGGGAGUGUUGGAGCCAGCCAUGAGCAAAACCAAGAUCCUGCAGUUUGCCACUGAAGCCGCCAUCACCAUUCUCAGGAUCGACGACAUGAUUCGGCUGGCCAAGGCCCAAGACGGGCCCGAGGAGUGA